AUGCCUCAUCAUCGGAUGCUAUUUGAACGAAUUAUAACAGUUAGCAAUUCUGCACUACGUACCUCAUUCACGGGUGAUAUUCGAAUGAAUUAUGCAAAGCUAACAACUGCUAACAAUUCGGCACUACGUGCCUCAACCGUGACCGAUAUUCGAACAAAUUAUGUGAAGCUAACGACUGCUAACAAUUCUGCACUACGUACCUCAUUCACGGGUGAUAUUCGAAUGAAUUAUGCAAAGCUAACAACUGCUAACAAUUCGGCACUACGUGCCUUAUCAUCGGAUGCUUUGGUGCAUUACCAGAUAUGA